AUGACGGAUCAGAAAGACUGGGAAACGACUGAUGUCGUUAUAUGUGGAUGCGGCCCUACGGGCGCUCUGUUAUCUGCUUACCUCGGUCGCGCCGGUGUCCAUAAUGUCGUUUUGGAAAAAGAGCCAACAAUCACCACCGAUCCUCGUGGGAUAGCCUUGGAUGAUGAUGGGAUCCGUUUCCUGCAAGGCCUGGGUCUGUACGACUUCAUUUAUACCAAGAUAGGCACCUCUAUGGGAAGGUUCAAUUUCGUCAGUGGGACCGAUUGCAAUAUGCACAAAACUCCGAUUCUGGCAAUGGACUACAAUAUAGUGGGCUCUACCAACUUGCUUAAAUGUGUACCUGCUGACGAUGUCAAGAUUGCAGGAGCGACAGGUCAUGUUGGCUUCAUAGGCCAUAAACAACCCGUCCUCGAGAGCCACAUCAGGGGCUGCAUGCCUUCGUCCCAUUGCUCCUUGCGGUGCAACGCGACUGUCGUUGAGCUCGAAGAAGACGAAGACUGGACAUAUUGUACCUAUCGCGACGCGACCGGAGAGGAGCAUGGUCUUCGAGCAAGAUUCUUCGUUGGCGCGGACGGAAAGACUGGUUAUACACGCAAGCAAUAUUUGGAACCGCGGGGCGUCAUCUUAGAGAAAUUUCAUGCAGCCUUCUACGAGGAAACCUGGGUGGCAUUGAACUGGCGGAUCACCGUCCCAACACCGCAGUCGCAUCCCAACUUCCCCCUGUGGGAACGAGGUUACUCACCAGAGCAAGUUUAUGACUUAUUCUUUCCACCUGAAUUUCGAUUCCUCUGCAAUCCGGAUAGGCCAGCAGUUGCCGGGCGCUUUGGCCUCCCAGCUGACAGACUGUGGCGGUUCGAGUAUAUCAUCCACGAAGGAGAAGAUGGAUAUGUAAUGGCUAGUCCUGCAGAAAUGCGACGCAUCGUUUAUCCCUAUAUCACACAUAAGGGAAGUCGAUAUCAGCUUGCUGAGGACGUGCAGUUUCCCGAAGACUGCAUUGAGGUACUUCGCUGUCACCCGUUCACAUUCUCGUCGCGAACCUGCAACGUAUGGGCCAAGGAUCGAGUGAUACUGUGUGGUGAUGCGGCUCACGUCUUCCCGCCCUUUGGCGGGCAGGGUAUCGUAUCCGGUUUUCGCGACGCAAUAUCCCUCUCCUGGCGCCUAGCUAUGCUCUGCCGCUACCAUUCUAACAAGAAGACCCACCAUCAUGUUUUGAAGGCAUGGUACGAGGAGCGCAGGCAACAGCUCAAGAUUUCUCUAGCGACAACGGUCGCAAAUGGGGUUAUGUUCAUUCCCAGCUGGAAACGACAGCUGCAGCAUGGUCGCAGAAACGCUGCAAUAUUCCGAUACAGAUACUCCAACGGAAUGCCUUUCAUCCCAGAUCUGAACGGCGGUCUCUAUCUUCCCCAAGUAUAUUGUCGCCGCACCGAGGACAGUGAGAUACUUUUCACAGACGACGUCAUCUACUGUUUAGAUAAUACGACCUCUCUCUUCCGCCUAUUCGUAUACGUGCGGGACUCAUCCGAGAUUCCAGCUAUCAAGCACGCCCUCGAAGGCAUCGAAAACUGGUCCCGUGGCGAAUUUAAUCCAACCAAUAUCCCCUUUAUUUCGGAGGGAAGUGAUGUUGAGGCGAUAAGCUCAUCUAAAGGAAGAAACAUCUUCCAACUCGCCUCCGCAGACGAAUUCGCUAAAUCCCCCUUGUGCACUGAUCGUCCCAGGCCCUUAGAUUAUGAUUCUUUCCUUCUAGGGAAUAAAGUGCAGGGAAAGUAUAUUAUUGUCCGAAUGGACCGAAUCGUGUUUGCAUCCUGUGCGAACGAGGAUGAAUUGAGGGGAGCUGUGCAGACUAUGCUGGGGGUUCUGUAUGGUGAUAAUUCCGCCUGA